AUGCAGCGCCGAGAGGAGGGGCGGGGUUCUAUCAGAUCUUGGAGACAGAUGAAAGAACUCCUGAAGUCACAGUUCCUCCCAAUCGAUUAUGAACAGAUCUUGUACCUGCGAUUACAGAACUGUGCUCAGGGGGGCAGAUCUGUUAGGGACUAUGCUGAAGAAUUUCUGAGGCUCAGUGCUAGAAACAACCUUCACGAAAGCGGCCUUCAGCAAGUGGCCCGGUUCAUCCGAGGUGCUAUUGCUGCAACUAAGUGGGUCACAAGUCCAACGAAUGCCCCAUCCAGAGACCUCAAGCAAAUCUCACUGAAGUGGAGACUGAAUCGGAGACAUGAACCUUCUCAGCGGCACGCUAUCUUUAAGACAAAAUGCACCAUCAAUUCGAAGGUGUGCAAUGUCAUCAUUGACAGAGGGAGUAGUGAAAAUGUGGUGUCGAGGAACUUAGUUAAGACACUUGGGUUGAAGGCUACUAAACACCUCCAACCUUACAAGAUUGGUUGGGUCAAGAAAGGUGUGGAAGUUCGGGUUGACGAGGUCUGUCAAGUACCUUUCUCCAUUGACAAAUUCUACAAGGAUGAGGUCGAAUGUGACGUCAUAGAUAUGGAUGCUUGCCAUGUAUUAUUGGGCUGGCCGUUGGAAUUUAACAUGAAGGCUCUCCACAACGGGCACGAGAACACGUAUCAAUUUGAAUGGAAAGGGCGAAAGAUUGUCCUCUUACCCCAUAAAGACCAGCCGAUCAAACCCAUUGCUGACUCCCUCGAGAAGAAAGUGAUGCUCAGCGUGAGUGGAGCAACUUUUCAAAAGGAUAUGAAGGGUGAACCUUUUAUCUUUGCCUUGGUGUUAAAGGAAGCCCCUGAAGAGAAUGCCCAUGUUUCUCCUUCGUUGCAAUCCUUGUUGCAAGACUUUGGAGAUUUGACCUCCGAGGAACUACCAAGUACACUGCCGCCCAUACGCGACAUUCAACACCAUAUUGACUUGGUUCCUGGGGCUGCCCUCCCGAACCUUCCCCAUUACCGGAUAAGUCUAAAGGAAAAUGAGAUCCUUCAAGGCAUCAUCGAUGAGCUAUUAACCAAGAAACUUAUUCGACCGAGUUUGAGCCCUUGUGCCGUGCUUGCACUCUUGGUUCCCAAUAAGGAUAACACAUGGUGGAUGUGUGUGGAUAGCCGAGCAAUCAAUAAGAUCAUCGUAAAGUACCGUUUCCCUAUCUCGCGCUUUGAGGACAUGCUCAACAAGUUGGAGGGUUCCACGGUAUUCUCCAAGCUCGACCUUCGCAGUGGCUACCACCAAAUUUGA